CUUCAGGCCCCCGCGCGGCGGCGCGCGCACCCCGAGCGUCGCUGCCAGUUCCUUCGGCUCUGGUGGCUCUCGAGCUGCUGCGGAGGACGAGACUCCCCGCCCGCUCCUUCCCGGCACCCGGGCAGCCCGGCAGCGGCCAUGCAGAACCAGGUGCUGACCCCGCACGUCUACUGGGCCCAGAGGCAUCGCGAGGUGUAUCUGCGCGUGGAGCUCAGCGACGUGCAGCAUCCUGACAUCAGCAUCACUGAAAAUGUCCUUCAUUUCAAAGCCCAUGGCCAUGGUGCCAAAGGAGACAACAUCUAUGAAUUUCAUCUGGAAUUCCUAGAACCUGUGAAGCCUCAGCUGACUCAUAAGCUGACCCAAAGGCAGGUGAACAUCACAGUGCAGAAGAAGGAGAAUCAUUGGUGGGAGAGACUUACCAAACAAGAAAAACGCCCCCUUUUUUUGGCCCCUGAUUUUGACCGCUGGCUGGAUGAGUCUGAUGCAGAAAUGGAACUCAAAGCCAAGGAAGAAGAACGGAUAAACAAAAUCAGGAUGGAGUCCAGAGUUCCAAAUGACUCUUUCGCCAACCUGAAGAGAGGAUACCUGUUUAUGUAUAAUCUGGUUCAGUUCUUAGGAUUCUCCUGGAUCUUUGUCAACAUGACAGUGCGGCUGUUUAUCUUAGGAAAAGAUUCUUUCUAUGAUACAUUCCAUACCAUGGCUGACAUGAUGUAUUUCUGCCAGAUGCUGGCAGUUGUUGAGAUCAUCAAUGCCGUACUUAGAGUCACGCGUUCACCAGUGAUCCCCACCUUGAUACAGUUCUUUGGCAGAAAUAUCAUUUUAUUUGUCGUCAUCGGCAGCUUGGAAGAAAUGCAAAGCAAAGCUGUGGUUUUCUUUAUAUUUUAUCUGUGGAGCACAAUAGAGAUAUUCAGGUAUCCAUUCUACAUGCUUGCCUGCAUUGACAUAGAGUGGAAAUUACUCACAUGGAUCCGAUACACCAUCUGGAUUCCUUUCUAUCCUCUGGGAUGUUUGGCUGAAGCUGUCUCAGUCAUCCAGUCUAUUCCAUUAUUCAGUGAGACGGGGAAGUUCAGCUUUACAUUGCCAUAUCCACUGAACAUCACAGUCAAAUUUUCAUUCUUUCUUCAAAUCUAUCUUAUAAUACUAUUUUUAGGACUGUUUGUAAAUUUCCGUCACCUUUAUAAACAACGAAGGCGGCGCUAUGGACCCAAAAAGAGAAAAACCAACUAAGCAGAGCAGCAAAUGGCUUCUUACCAGAUUACUCAUAAUCUACAGUUCUUAAUGGUUUUAUCUAUUAUGCCUACAAAGGCUUUUCUAAAGUUUAAUAAUUUUAAUUUUCAGUGAUUCCACAGCCCCAGGUAACAUUCCUCUACUUACUGUACCACUUCACUACAGAACAUGCAUGACUGGUAACCCUCAUGUUCAGCCAACUAAACUUGACUCCUAAUUUUCAUCAUCUUGAGAAGAGUACAUAAUUCCUGCAUAUACCGUAUAGUUAAUGAUAGCAGGAGGAUUUGCCCCAAUCUCUGCUUCUGUCAGCUGGCCAACUACAUUUACUGAGCACUUAAAGGCAGAACCCCGUGCUGUACAUUUUCUUACUUGAGAUUUCUCAUUUUCAGCAAUGGUUUGUAAGGAAAAGCAGAGAUGGUGCUCUCUUAUAGGUAACUCAAAGCUAUAGAGAUGGGGCUGAGAGACCAAAAAAAAGCAUGAGUAUCAUUGGUUAUUUAUUGAAUUACCACAAGGUCGAUUUUUUGUGAUCAGUUAGGCCCAGCCACUGAUAAACUUUUAUCUGAGCCAUAUUGGGGAUAGACUCUUUGGUCUUAGAACCUUUGCUGAACCUACAUCUUACCUCUUAUUGCUGGUGGGCCACCCUUUGCUAUAGUUUUGAUCAUGUGGGCAUCAGAUACAGAGUAAAGGGCUUGAGAGAAUGAUAAGAAAUCAAACCAUGAACUAUUCACUGUCUCUUCUCUGGUGGCUUAAUUGCAAGUAACCCUCUUUUUGUUUUGUCCCCUCCCUCCCCCCCAAAAAAAAACCAAACCAAAACCAAAAACCAACUUCUGUUGAAGUUAAAUGAUUUUUAAAAUUCAUGUCAUUAGAAUGAACAGAGUAAACUUAAGGCAAUGCACAAACAUAAGAUAUUGGUUUAUCUGUGCUCACUGCACAGAAUCUACUCAGUUGUCUUUUUGUAAAAGAAGAGUGGGAAAAGCAAUUUUUUGGAAAGACCAUAGUUGCCUUCAUUCUACUGUAGUUAAACUGACUUUUUCACUUACCAUUGUCGCAUAAUUGGGAAAACAAAGCUGGGAAUUUGGCAGUUUGCUAGCUGGUUUCAGUAAGAUUCUGGAAGGAAACUUCCUAACAGUGGUAGAAGGAAUUUGAAAGGAAAAAAGAUCACUUGUUUUAAAGAUUAAUGGGGUUUUCUCCAUUGCAUUUUGAGUACACCAUGUAGAAAGUCUAUUUGAAGAAAAGCAUUCAAGGCAUAAAGAGAUACUUCAGCUCUGUCCUGAAACAUAAGCCAUUGUUCCUGUACUGGGAUCACACAAUGAGUUCUACUUUCUAGUUAAAGGAGCUGUGAGCCUAGCUAGGACAGUAUCUUGGCUUGAUAUCAAACACCUAAUUAGCAUAAGGAAGGCAUUUUCCCCUCUUUUAAUUUAUUCCUUGGUAGGACAAUGUUUUGCAUGCCUGCAGCUUCUCAUCAAUAUUUAACUUGUUCAUACUGACUUCUGACAUGUUCUUUCAACUUGAGUUUUCUUAUGAAAUCAGGCAUUUCAGCUUUGCAGUCAAGUAGCCUGCACUUUCAAGGAAAAAACUUGUAUUCUUUGUGAUUGUCAUAGGUCUUAUUAUACUGUCUCUGAGGAGGCAAAAAAUGGUGGAUUUAUAUUAAAACAUUUACAGUCAAAAA